AUGGAGAAAUAUGAGCAAGUUGGGCUCAUCGAUUGGUGGGUAGAGGGGCCGGAGGCUCGGAGUGGAUCAAUGGAUCUGUGCAGGUCUCUACACUUUUUAUCUGGAGGCGCCUCCACCCUCGCCCGCCAGUUAUCUGGAGGCGCCUCCACCCUCGCCCGCCAGUUAUCUGGAGGCGCCUCCACCCUCGCCCCCAGUUAUCUGGAGGCGCCUCCACCCUCGCCCGCCAGUUAUCUGGAGGCGCCUCCACCCUCGCCCGCCAGUUAUCUGGAGGCGCCUCCACCCUCGCCCGCCAGUUAUCUGGAGGCGCCUCCACCCUCGCCCCCAGUUAUCUGGAGGUGCCUCCACCCUCGCCCCCAGUUAUCUGGAGGUGCCUCCACCCUCGCCCCCAGUUAUCUGGAGGCGCCUCCACCCUCGCCCCCAGUUAUCUGGAGGUGCCUCCACCCUCGCCCCCAGUUAUCUGGAGGUGCCUCCACCCUCGCCCGCCAGUUAUCUGGAGGCCCUCCACCCUCGCCCCCAGUUAUCUGGAGGCGCCUCCACCCUCGCCCCCAGUUAUCUGGAGGUGCCUCCACCCUCGCCCCCAGUUAUCUGGAGGUGCCUCCACCCUCGCCCCCAGUUAUCUGGAGGUGCCUCCACCCUCGCCCGCCAGUUAUCUGGAGGCCCUCCACCCUCGCCCGCCAAGCUGGCAAUAGUCGGAAUGAAGGAUUUUUGACGCGCCAGAGAAUAUUAUCAGUAAUAGAGGGAAAGAAUAACUUUUGGUGCGCUCGUGAGCGUUAUCGUAGAGAACACUGA